CUAGAGAGAGAGAAGCCAAAAGGAAAAGGAAAAAAAAAAAAAAGACGAAGCUUUUGCUCUGUUCCUUAGGGAGGGAAACAAGUAGCAUCUUUGUAUAGAGAAAACAGAGAAGAGAGAGAGAGAGACGAAACGCUUCUGUUGGCCACAUUACAAAGCCAAAACGGCUGCACCCACCACCAGAAAAUUCCUCAAAAACCAAAAACCAAAACCCCCUUUUCCUCUCUUUCUCUCACAUAAAAACAGAGUUUGGUUGUGUGUAUAAUCUGCAGAAGCUGCUACACCUCUCUCUCUGUGUCACUAUCACCGUCCAACGCCACUCUAUUUCAAACCAACGAAGAACAUAAAUUUUAAAACAAAAGAAAAAAAAAAAAAGAGGAAAAAACAUCCUCAAAAGCAAAGAGCAUCUUGAAUCAGCCGUUUCUGUGAAAAAACUCAUCAUUCAUAUUUCACAAAUGCAGCAGCACCUGAUGCAGAUGCAGCCCAUGAUGGCAGCUUAUUAUUCCAACAACGUCACUACUGAUCACAUUCAACAGGUUAUUCUUCUUUUUCUUCUUCUUCUUCUUCUUCUUCUUCUUCUUCUUCCUUUUUUUAGUCUAUUUAUCUUAUUAAUCCAACCCCAUUUCCAGUAUUUGGAUGAGAACAAGUCGCUGAUAUUGAAGAUUGUUGAAAGCCAAAACUCAGGAAAAUUGAAUGAAUGUGCAGAGAAUCAAGCUAGGCUACAGAGAAACCUCAUGUACUUGGCUGCCAUUGCGGAUUCUCAACCUCAACCUUCUGCGAUGCAUGCCCAGUACUCUUCCAGUGGCAUGAUCCAACCAGGAGGGCAUUACAUUCAGCACCAACAAGCUCAGCAGAUGACGCCACAAUCGCUGAUGGCCGCCCGAUCCUCUAUGUUGUACUCCCAGCAGCCAUUUUCAACACUGCAGCAGCAAGCUUUGCACGGCCAACUCGGUAUGAGCUCUGGAGGAGGCAUAGGAUUCAACAUGCUGCAAAACGAUGCUGCCAAUGCAGGAGGAGGCAAUGGAGGAGCACUUGGAGGAGGAGGCUUCCCAGAUUUCGGCCACGGUGCUGCAAGUGACAGCUUGCACCGUAGCCUAGCCGGUGGGAGCAAGCAAGACAUGGGAGGAACUGGGUCUGCAGAGGGACGAGGUGGGAGCUCAGGGAGCCAUGGUGGUGAUGGAGGCGAGACUCUGUACUUGAAAUCAGCUGAUGAUGGGAACUGAUCAAAGUAUGAGGAGAAAAAAAGAUAAGUGUUGGGGUGUUCAGUGAGUUGAUGGUAGAAAAGUAGGCACAAUAGAAAUUAGGAAGAUAAAAGAAGAGAAGAAACCCUUCUUACUUGAAAAAAAAAAAAGCACUUGCUUUUUAUCUUAUGUGUAAACAAUGGUGUGAGGAUUCAAACCUCAUAAAACUUCGACCUUUGGGUGUCCUUUUUCCAUGUUAAAAUAUGUGCUUGUAGUGUAUUAUGUAAAGUUUCUUCUCUUGUUCUGUGCUAUGAUCUUGCUCAUCUUUUUCUCAUGUGUUUUGACAUUAAAUAUUUGAGCAUUUAAGUAAUCAAGUAUUCUA